AUGUCAUUGCUUCAGCUUCAGCUUCCAGGUGCAGCUCAGGGAUUAUCUCAAGCAUGUACCACCCCCGAGAAUGGCAUUGUUCAGUCCUUCAGCCAGAUGUGGAGUGAAGCGGAGGAACUUAGGAGGAGGUGUUUAGCUUCCCAAGAUGACCAAUCCUCAAUUGAGAGAAGACAAUUCCACGCAUGUGGUAUGGCAUUCAAUCUUGCCCAGCUGCUCUCGAAACACAAGCAGCUCAAAGAUUCUCUGCAAUUGGCGUCAGAUGAAACUGUGUGCCAAGCUGCUGCCUCCUUCAGCAAAAAUCAUCCUGAUGGGCUUCCACUUAUUCUUCCUACGUCUGAGGUAGAACAAUUCAAGGAUAUCUUUCACAGACUCAAGGCAAUGCACCAAUGUCUUUCUACAAGACUCUCUGAGUCUAUCCAGUGGGACUGCACCAAAAGCCAGAUAAGGUCAACAACAAACUUGGCUAAAGAACAGGCCAAAGCUGAUGCCAACUUGAUCUUGGACGGGAUUCGGGCAUUUACAUUUGUUUGGUUAAGCACUCACAGCAGACUCUGCAUUACCAAAGUCGCACCAGAGUCCAAAGCCUUGCAGAUCCUCCAAGACAAAUUGACAGAUGGUCACUCAGUAACCGCCACACAGAUAGUCAAGGCGGCAGCGCAAGAGUAUCUUGAACUAACCCAGGGGGGCUCCAGAACCAAUCAGUUACAGAAUGACAAAGUGGGCUUUGUUCAGGGCAUCUGGAGGAAUCUGGGUGCCCAAUGGAUAUACCAAGGAUUAUCAUCACUGAUGAGGCAUCACCAACAUUCGACCCAUCCAGCCAAGAACUCACAGCUGGUCCAAUUCGCAGCGGCAUCGCAUCCAGCUCCCCUCCAACAACUCCUCAGUGAGCUCGCUCCCCAAGCUUGGGUCGUCAGGUACUUAGUGGGCGGCUCUGAUUGGUAUCUGAGGGACUGUGAGGGCCUGUAG